UCCUCUCGCCGUGUUCCCGCGCCGUUCCGGUCUUCAGGGUGGACUGUGAGAGGAGAGGAGUUCGUCACGCUGCCCCGCCUACAUCCUGACAGCCAAUGUUUGCCACGCUCCGCGGGCCGGAUUAAAAGAGUCCUGACUUUUGGGGCAGCCGCCCGAGAGGCACACAGAAGAGCCGCAUUAAAGAGUCUAAAUAGCCGCGGCUUGCCGACCACUGAGCUACGGCAACCCUAUUGCCUGUCACCUGGUGGGCAGUGUGCUCCGGAGCCGCAGCAAAUGUGAAAAAGAGCCGCAUGCGG